CAGGCCGCCCCUGUCUCCUGCUUCCGCUCGCAUUGUAGGGUGGUUGAGAGGAAGGAUACCGAAGAGCGAAAAUGGGAGUAGAAAUUGAGACCAUAACUCCGGGCGAUGGACGGACAUUCCCGAAGAAGGGGCAGCGCGUCGUGGUUCACUAUGUCGGCACACUGGCAGAUGGGAAAGUGUUUGACUCUUCGCGGUCCCGGGGGAAGCCGUUCAAAUUCAAGAUUGGACACCAGGAGGUUAUCCGUGGUUGGGAGGAAGGAGUAGCCCAGAUGAGUGUAGGUCAGCGGGCAAAGCUGAUUUGCUCACCAGACUUUGCCUAUGGCAGCAAAGGGCACCCAGGGAUCAUCCCACCCAACGCCACUCUCACCUUCGAUGUGGAGCUGCUGAGCCUGGAAGCCUGAAACUUGUGCACUCACUUUGUUAAAUUCCACUCAAAUUUUCAGGGUUGACUCCUAUCUCGGGAACAUGGAGGAAAAAUGUAAACAGAUGAUUCCUGCUCUUGAUUCCUGCAUAGGACCUAUUCACUAGUUCACUCUCCUUUCCAUUUCGAUACAUAUUUUGUCGUCACUUGCUUUAAAACUUUAUCCUUCAUACUAUACUUUAGAUUCCAUACGAUAAUAAGUCAUAGGCCAUCCCAUCCCAUGUAUUUUGUCAAAUUAUGCUAUGUAUUUUUGUAUUUUUUUUUCUUUUUCUUUUUUGUUUUAUUUGACUUAAAUUUUGCAAAAUGUGUCUGCCAUCAGGACCAGGUUUUAGAUAAGUGUCAGAACUAUUGAAUCAAUCUCAUUCCUGUGGUUCUGUGGCCUUUUACACAAAAAUUGUAUUGAUUGCGGGUAAUGAAUUGUCUUGAAUAAAAAUAAGAAUAAAUUGUUGUUUGACACAAAUGAUAUUUCUAUGAAUGAACUUUGUGAUACUUGUUAUUUGGCGAAAUUAUAAAAAAAAAAAAAAAGAA